GGUUUUCAGUGGGAAAAUUGCAGAGUGAGCGGCAGAAGGCUGAUGGAUUUUUUUGCUCGCAGUUUUGUUGUGAUUAUUUUUUAAAAAGUGAAGCAUUUUGAGCCUGAAGGUUCUUGAAGUGUGAUCGAUAAGAUAAGAAGAUACGAUGGCUGCUGAAGACCCCAAGAUAAAGUCAGACAAAUCCUCCGAGAUGGAUCGGUUCGUCUGCGACGGGAACGAUGCAGUACAGUUUAGAUUGAUACGCAACGUAAAGGAUUUGGAGAAUUCACGUGAUGCUUUCCACCCAGAAAUGUGCCAUCAAGUUUUUAAUGAAGGAGAAACAAUUUUUGGAUAUGAAAACUUGUCAAUUAAUGUUUGCCUGACGGCAGGAAGUCUGAAACCGUACAUGGGAAUUUCGUACAACAAGAAGGUUUCAAAAGCCCAGAGUGAUGGCAUUGAGGCUGACGAUGUGAUUAGUAAGAUGAGUGAAGUCCUCAGAGAAGGCUACACGGAAAAUUUAGAUGAAUUCUCAGGAUUCGUCGAAAAAGAGGAAAAUGAAUUCAAACCUGUUGGAGAAUUACUUCACAAUUUUUCUACCAACUUCAAAGUCCGACAAGAUGACAAAGGUCAAAAGGCAAGGAAGAAUACGAAUGGCGUGUCAUCUAAUGGGCAUGGAGAUAUUGGAGCAGAGCGAUGUUUCGAGAUCUAUUUGGUGGAUGUAGUCAGCUCUCCCAAAUUUAUAGAGUAUUUGAAACGAAUGGAAACUUUCGUACUCUUUUUCAUCGAUGCUGCGACGUUUGUUCCGAUCGAGGAUGACAAAUGGAGAUUCUUCACAAUGUUUGAAAAGUACAAAACGUCACAGGGAAACACGGCGUAUGCUUUUGUUGGUUACUCAUCCGUCUAUCAAUUUUAUGCGUAUCCACUCAACAUUCGCCCUCGCAUCGCACAAAUGCUUAUUCUUCCGCCGUUUCAAAAACAAGGAUUGGCCCCAAACCUUCUUUCAACGGUCUAUCGUUAUUACAGAACUAAUCCAACGGUUACCGAAAUUACUGUCGAAGAUCCGUCGGACGAAUUUGAACUUCUGCGAGACUAUGUAGACGCCAAAGACUGCAAACAGCUUGAUUCAUAUUCUAAAGAUAAGUUGAAGAAUGGUUUUAGUGCUGAAAUGGCGAAAGAAGCACAUGAUACUCUCAAAAUGACUAAACGACAAGCUCAUCGAGUCUAUGAAAUUUUACGGCUCCAAGUGACAAACGUGCAUGAUGACCUUGAAUUCAAAGAAUAUCGAUUGAAUGUUAAGCAACGAUUAAACAUCCCUUACAAGAAACAAGAGAAUGACAUUAAGCGAAUGAUUCGUAAAAAAUGCUACGACCCGGAAAUGAAUAAAGCUGCAGCCCUGGAUGAUAGUACAAGAAAGACGGAGCUCGAAAGCAAUUUUCAAAUGCUGUUGUCCCAUUAUCAAAAUGUCCACAUGCGGCUAGAUAAACAUGGAUGCUAAAGUGCUUAACUUAAAUAAUUCACUACGGACUCGGGACUAUACACGGUGACUUCUUGGACUUCCUUUUUUCAUAUUGUUUUGUACAAUAAGUUUGGUGACCAGUAAGUAGUGUGUAGUCUUUCCUUAAGUAGCAGUUUAGCAUAAGGAAUAUACUUGCGUAGUAGCUAACUAAGAUUCAAAUAGAUUUUUUCAUAGGAUAGGGGAAGUAGAGAUUUAGAAAUUAAAAUGUAAAAAUAAAUAGUUAAAAUAUUUAUAUAAUAUCUUUCACCAUUUCCUAUAUAUUUUUCCUAUAUUCAACUCUUUCCCAUUAAUUUGUACGCUGUAUCUGCAUGCCAAAUUUUAACAGCGAAAUUAAUUCCCAAGUCAAAAUAAAUAAUUUGAUUACAAAAAUUA